UAUGUUUAUUUUUUAAUCCAGCAGGGGAGAGAUGAUGUUUUCUCUGCAGGAGAUAAAAAAGUGAACAUAUAAUUCUUAGACCAGAAAAAGAAAACACUAAAUCACAAUGGCUUUUCAUUGGUGAAGAAGAUUCGGUACUGAUUUGAAAACCUUUGGCGAAUCAGAGAAAUUUGUCACCAAGAUGCAAAUUUUUUCUGCAGCUGUCUUCAGCCUCUUGGCAUUUGCCUCAAGCCUCGAAAACGUGUCAGCACAGAUGCCGAGAAGGGGAGACAUGUCUCAAUUCGAUUUCGAAGAUUACAAUGGAGUAAUCACGCCAGAAAUAGCAGGACCUUGUGCAGACUACAAACCAGGAGAAGACGACCUUCAGGCAUUUGACUUCAUCAGACGAUUCAAGCUGGAUGUCAUAGAAAGAGAAUACCCAGGAGUGUCAAAAGUUAGAGGCUCUAACAGAGUCCAAUCUGCUUACAGACUAAGCAAAGAUGCUGACUUGAACGUGCCUACCAGAGACAUUUUUCCAAUGGGUCUCCCGGACCAGUUCAGUUUCAUCACAACAUUUCGUCAGAGGAAAGUGUCAAAAAUUCCUUGGGAUAUCAUCAAAAUCGCAGAUGUUCAAGGCAGGACUCAGUUUGCCAUUUCCAUUGCACCCAAGGAUGCUUCUGUGCAAUUUUCAAUAAUUGACAUUGAAGGCAAUUUAAUGACAACGUCUUUCCCUGAAAGCAAGGUUUUGGAUGACAAAUGGCACAAGUUGCAUUUUGGAGUCUUCAGGGACACAAUCACCAGAAUAGUUUUGUAUGUGGAUUGCCAAGAAGUUGGAGCACAAGCUUUGGACUUGCCCAUUGGCCCCAUUGAUGUCAAUGGCAGACUAGUCAUAGGAAAAACUCAAGGAACCAGAGGAAAAUCUGUUCUGAUUGAUUUGCAAUGGAUGGUCAUGAACUGUGACCCAACCAGGCCAGAAAGAGAAACUUGUGAUGAACUUCCAGCCCCUGAGCCAGAGGAAGCAGUGAGUCCACCUGUGGAAGCUCCCAUGUGUGAUGUCACUUGUCCUCCAGGUCCACCAGGCAUCAAUGGUACUGAUGGUCUUCCAGGACAAAGAGGGUUCCCAGGGUUGCAAGGACUUUCAGGGGUUCAAGGACUACCUGGUGUCAAGGGCAGUCCUGGACAAUCUGGAUCACCAGGUGAACAAGGUCCAUCUGGCUUGCCAGGACUAAGGGGGACUCCAGGACUCCCUGGUGGACCAGGGUCAAAAGGAGACAGGGGUUCCCCAGGAUAUAAAGGAGAAAUUGGAAUAACAGGCCAAGUGGGACCAAAAGGAGACAGAGGAGUCCCAGGAUUUGCAGGACCACAAGGACCUCAAGGACUUCAAGGCCCACCUGGGGAUGCUGUCAGAGUAGUGGGGCCAGUUGGACCAGCAGGACCUAUUGGUCAAGAGGGAGCUCCAGGUCUACCAGGACUGGAUGGAAUAAAAGGAGACAGUGGUAUUCCUGGACCAUCUGGUGAAACUGGACCAAGAGGACUUGAUGGUACUCCUGGCAGAAGAGGGCCAAAGGGGGACCCAGGGUCACCAGGGCUGCAGGGGCCAAGGGGUGUUCAAGGUGAACCAGGUCCAAUGGGUCCACCAGGUCCUCCAGGAAUUGAAAUAGGUGGGGAAGUGGCCAUGGGUCCCCCAGGGCCUCCAGGUCGACCUGGGGAAGCUGGAAUGCCUGGUCUGUUUGGCUCCAAGGGUGAGAGAGGUGAAAGAGGUGACAGAGGAGACCCUGGAAGACUUGGUGAUAAAGGAGAAAGGGGUAGUCCUGGUGUGCCUGGUAUCAAUGGACAAAGAGGAUUACCAGGGCCUAUUGGCCCAACUGGUUCAACUGGAUCCAAAGGGGAGCUAGGAUUACCUGGGGAACCUGGACCUCUGGGACCUGCUGGGUUACCAGGUGCAACAGGCAAUCCUGGCAUUAUGGGUCUCAUGGGAGCUUCAGGAUUGAAGGGUGAAAGAGGGGACCCAGGGUCACCAGGGUUGCCAGGAGAAGUAGCAAGAGCUGGGGAACCAGGAUUACCUGGUCUACCAGGACCUCCAGGAAUCACAGGGUCAGAUGGUCUCAGAGGCCCAGUAGGAUCUCAAGGCCCACCUGGUCCUCAGGGGGAAUCUGGUACCCCAGGAUUACCAGGUUCUCAAGGACAUCAGGGUAGAGAUGGUGCACCAGGGCUUCCUGGACCAAAAGGACUGCAAGGGGACAAAGGACCUAUUGGGUUCCCUGGGGAUGAUGGAAGACCAGGAGAAGCUGGAAUUCCUGGUGAACCAGGUGCCAAAGGUGAUAUGGGAUCUUCUGGACUUCCAGGUGCCCCAGGACCAAGAGGAUUGUCAGGGGCACAGGGGCCACUUGGAGGAUUAGGGCCACCAGGUCCAGUGGGAAUCCCAGGACCAGCAGGCAAACCAGGAGACACUGGCCCAGCAGGUCCUCCAGGACCACCAGGAGAAACAGUCACUGUGGAUGGUACAGUUGGUGCAAGGCCAGGGACCAGAGGACCCCCAGGCCUUCCAGGUGUCAUGGGAACUCCUGGUGAGAGAGGAGCUGAUGGGGAAAGAGGUCCACCAGGUCAACCUGGCCAUCAAGGGCCACAUGGGGUACCAGGUCCACCAGGGAUUCCAGGGGCACCAGGAAGAAGGGGAGAGCCAGGGAUGCCAGGGCAGAAUGGUCAACCAGGCAGGAGCUUCAGUGAAGAAGAGCUCAGGGAUGUUUGUGCAAGUGUUCUCAGAGGCAAGUGAUCCAGGGAAACCAGGAUUGCCUGGUGAAAGGGGUCUGAUGGGGCUGCCAGGAAUCCCAGGUCCACCAGGGUCUCAAGGAUCCAAAGGUGAGAGAGGCACCAAGGGUGAAAAAGGACCUGAAGGAGAGGGCAUUGAGGGACCUAUUGGACCCAGAGGCUUACCAGGUCCAGCUGGUCCACCAGGAGUAGGUUUGCAGGGAAGACCAGGGGAAAGAGGAGAACAAGGGAGACCAGGAAUGCCUGGCCUCAGAGGCUCCCCAGGACCCCAAGGACCCCCAGGUUUCUGCGAAUUCUGCAACUUCCCUGGGGGCAACUACUUAUCAGCAGUAGCAGGACCAGGGGGCAAUCACAAAGGACCAUCCAAGAAAUAAAAAAAAAGUAAAAAAAACAUCAGAAAAAAAUUAUAAAAUCUCUCCCCAUC